AUGGAGCGGAACAUCGAUAUCUAUGCCACCAAGUUGGGUGAUGAGAGGCUGGAUGUGAAAGUGCGAGCGAAUGUCGCGACCGAGCUGCGAGACAGCAUUGAACCAUUAUGCUCAGGCGCAAACUACCCCAUAUUCCUCUCUAAGCUAUGGCCAGUCUUCAAGACUAUCCUGGGUGGAGACCCCGUCUUUUUCAGCAUGUCAUACGAGCAGAAACUUCGCAAUUGCAUUCUCGAGACCCUUCACCGAUUGCCGACAGCUUCGCCCGACGUUGAACCUUACGCUGCCGACAUGGUGGACCUGCUUAUGGAACUUGCACGAAUCGAGAACGAAGAUAAUGCGGUCUUAUGUAUGAAGACCAUCAUGGAUCUGGAACGCAAUCAAGCGAAAGCAACUUCCGCACGAGUGCAACCUUUCUUGGAACUUAUUCAAGAAAUGUUUCAGACAAUGGAACAGGUCGUCCGUGAUACCUUUGAUACCCCCACACAAGCAACUCCGUCUGGCAUGCCAUCGACACCAAACGCGAGCGUCCAGAACUUCCAAUCACCGAGACCCAGUUCACCCGCAACAUCCGUUUCAGAUCUAGGCCCCGAGCAACAAUCUAGCAAUGUUAUCUUGAAAGGCAUGCAGUCAUUCAAGGUUCUUGCAGAAUGCCCGAUUAUCGUCGUUUCAAUCUUUCAGACUCACCGCGCCUCGGUUGCCGCAAAUGUCAAGUUGUUCGUGCCUCUCAUUAAGACCAUUCUGCUUUUGCAAGCGAAACCUCAAGAGAAGGCCCACGCAGACGCUGCCGCGCAAGGAACCAUCUUCACCGGAGUUUGCAAAGAGAUCAAGAACAGAGCUGCAUUCGGAGAGUUUAUCACUGCGCAAGUGAAAACAAUGAGCUUCUUGGCUUAUCUCCUCCGUUUGUAUGCCCACCAGCUCCAAGAUUUCCUCCCCACUUUACCAUCUGUUGUGGUUCGUUUACUUCAGGACUGCCCACGUGAGAAAUCUGGCGCUCGAAAAGAACUUCUUGUUGCCAUUCGACACAUCAUCAACUUCAACUAUCGCAAGAUAUUCAUUGAGAAGAUUGAUGAGCUCCUGGAUGAGCGAACUCUCAUUGGUGACGGCUUAACGGUUUAUGAAACGAUGCGUCCCUUGGCCUACAGCAUGCUUGCUGACCUCAUUCACCACGUACGUGACCACCUUAGUCGUGACCAGAUUCGCCGCACGGUUGAAGUCUACACAAAGAAUCUCCAUGAUGAUUUCCCUGGUACUAGCUUCCAGACGAUGAGUGCUAAGCUGCUGUUCAACAUGGCGGAGCAUAUCUCUAAGCUGGAGGAUAAGCGCGAGGCUCGCUAUUUCCUCAUCAUGAUCUUGGAUGCUAUUGGUGACAAGUUCGCUUCCAUGAACCACCAAUUCAACAAUUCCGUUAAGGUAUCCAAGGCCAACAAGGACACGCGGAAGGACAACGAGCCAUGCCCGGAAAAUUACCUUGCUGAGAAGGACCAACCUCCUGAUUGGGAUGAUAUUGAUAUUUUUUCUGCAUCUCCAAUCAAGACUUCCAGUCCACGUGAUCGUGGUGCAGACCCCGUCUCAGAUAACCUCUUCCUUUUCCGUAACCUGAUCAACGGCUUGAAGAACAUUUUCCACCAGCUGAAGAAUUGCAACCCCGAUGAUGUCCAGAUUGACCCUAAUAGCGUUCCUAUCAACUGGUCCGAGGUCUCAUAUGGAUAUAAUGCUGAAGAGGUCAGAGUGAUCAAGAAACUCUUCCACGAAGGAGCUCGUGUCUUCCGCUAUUACGGUGUCGACAAUGCCCCCCCCCUGAAAUGA